CCCAAUCCUCGGUUUGAAACUUCAAAUUCCUUGAGAUCACCGGAGCAAAUUUGAUGUGAUUACCUGCUCCGUUGUAAGGUUUCACGGAGACUCGGGAUUAGUCAGAACAGUGGAAGAUGAGACAUUAGAGGAAUACAAGUCAAACUAAGAAAGACACAGAAUGAUCUCCUUCCCCUUCUGUCUCUCUCCAUCUCUUUACUAGGAAGAUCAGAAUUUUGCUGUCAGGAUGUUUACUAAGAAGUUUCACCCAAAAUAAAAUGAAGUUUCAUUCACGGGGGAGAAAGGUUUGAGAUUUGAUCAUGAAAAGCAGUGGAGACAUAGACAUUCCAUUUCACACUUGCCCUCCUCCCCUGAAGCUCAAAUCCGCCAUUGACGAAGGGUGAAGCAGGUAUCGACUCACAUGGGAAUCUGCUGGGGUGCCCCUGAUUAUCCAACACCCAGCUUCACUGGAUAUCUCAGACCAGGACAGGCACCACUCGUAUUUAGCAGCACAUCAUCUUCUGAGGAUGGGGAAAGCAGGAGCUUGGGUGGAAUAUCUGUUGAAAGUGUGACCAGCGGGGAGAUCGUACCCACUCCCGAUGUCAGGGUUUUCACCCUGCCUGAACUGCGGAAAGCAACUAGAAACUUUCGGCCUGAUUCGUUCCUUGGAGAAGGAGGCUUCGGCAGAGUCUUCAAAGGCUACCUCAACGAGGAGGGCCCGAUUGCCGUCAAAAAGUAUCACAUGGAGAGUGUGCAGGGAUUUAAAGAAUUUAAGUCAGAGGUUACUUUCCUGGGCACCUUAUCCCAUCCUAACAUUGUCCGGCUGCUGGGGUAUUGUUCCGAGGAGGGAAAUCUACUCCUCGUCUAUGCGUACAUGCAAAAGGGUACCCUGAAAUAUCACCUAUUUCGAAGAGGUGGUAUGGAACCACUUUCCUGGAUCGUACGACUUAAGAUCGCAACUGGAGCAGCCAAAGGCCUGGCAUACUUACAUCAGUUAGAAAUUAUUUGCAGGGACUUCAAACCAUCAAAUAUAUUGCUAGACGGGGUAAAGGUUUUCAAUGCCAAGAUUUCAGACUUUGGCUUGGCAAGAAGGGGUCCUGCUGACGAAAAAUCACACGUUUCUACACAGGUCCUCGGAACAUAUGGCUAUGCUGCCCCCGAGUACAUAGCAGCUGGGCAUUUGUAUGUAAAGAGCGAUGUCUAUAGUUUUGGGGUUGUGCUACUUGAAAUACUAACAGGGAGACGUGCAUACGACGACAAUCUGCCGUCUGGGCAGCAUUUUGUUGUGGAGUGGGUCCGCCCACACGUAUCGAGAAGCAAACUGGCAAGGGUGGUUGAUCCGCGUCUGGAAGGUAGGUAUCCUUUCAAGGCCGCUCUUGAAAUGGCUGAGCUUGCCUUCCACUGUCUCCAGAUGGAGCCCAAAAGCCGGCCUUCCAUGGAUGAUGUCUUAAGGAAACUGGAAAAAGUCGCUACUUAUUAACUGAUUCUUGACAUUGUGAGGCUUUUCUCUUACAACAGAUAGGCAAGACAAGGUUAGCAUUCUCUUAUGGAUUCUCGUUUCAAAGAAUCUGUCAGGUAGGUCUGAAUUCUGUGCUUGGAAGCAAUCCCCAGUCGUCCCGCAUCUGUUGAUUGAUUCUAGUUGCAUAUAUCAGUAACUCCGAUGUUACGAUUGAAACUGCCAUUUAGUUGUGAGAUAUAUAAUUAUCUUAGAAGUCCGCAAGAUAAUCAUACAGCGAAUUUGUUUUUAUUAGAAUCUGUUUUGUCAGACAUAAUUAUCAUAGAAUUUGUUUUGCCUGUGAAUAUUGAGGACAGGAUAUGGUUCAUUUGCAUGUAACGUUUCUCUUUAUAGAUUAUAGGAUAAUCGAUUUUUUUGUUUAUUUGCAUGUUUGGUUAUUUCAAUAAAGACUGGAAUUUAUGCGGAUAGGACUUUCCCCACACAAAUAUUGCAAUUUGAGUAAACCACUGCAAGUGCUGAUGCGAUUUUCGGUUGAAAUAGACUGUGCAGAGUACAAGUUAUCUCGGAAAUUCUACUGUUCCUAGUGAAGCCUUCCGCCCUGGAACCAUUUUAUCAAUCCUAGAAAGUAAGAACAGUGUGGCCCGAUUGAAGUUAAGUGGAAAUCAAAGCCGCACGGUCUCUACCGGUACCAUUAAUAUCAAUGCCUGCCUGCCUGCCUUCCCUCUUAAGGAACGGCCUCGGCCUCUUGUAGUUGGACCCACAUUUUUUUUUUCUCUGCUGUCAACUCCGAUAUCCGGAAAUUCAAUUGGGUCCCGAUUAAUACAGUCGAGUUGAGUCGGCCCAUUAAUGGGUAAAAUUUUUAUAGCAUAGAUUUUUUUUUAUUCGCAAGACUCAAACUCGAGAUCUUGCUUAAUAAGAAUAAGACGUCGACCUACUUGAACCAA